CAUUUCCUAUGGAGUAGAUAGAGGUGAAGAGAGAAAGCAAACCCCACGCAUCUGCCGACACUCAUCAUUGAGUGUUAUCGAUGUUGUUCCAUAGCAAUGCGCAUGCGCGCUCUCUAUAAUUCACCCGAUUGACAUAGUGCUGCUUUAUGAUUUGCCGCGUUGGCUGCUGUGAUGGGUCUUCUGAUGGAUCCCCAAUAGGACCCGCUGAGGAAAAAAAGAGAUCACCUCGACCAGGGGCUCUCCCCGUCCGACGUCCCACCCCCUGUUCCCCGUGGUGCUGGUGUGUAGGUGCUCCAGGGCUGAGGUGUCAUGGCGUUCUGUCCUGAGCCCUGUGCGUCCAGAGGACACUCUCCAGAAAAGGAGCCUGCCUCUAUCUGUAUGCGGUUCGGUGUUCGGUCAUAUCUCCACCACUUCUACGAGGAGUGUUCGUCCUCCAUGCGGGAGAGAGACCCAGAGGACCAGUACCAGGGAUCAGCCCGGGACUGGAGCUCAGCCACCUGGAGCUCAGCAGCCUGGAAGGUGUCCCUGGCCCUGAGUCUCCUCCUGCUGGGGGCGGGCGUGGCCGGUCUGUCCGUGGGGUUCUCCGGCGCCCGCCGCAUCGAGUCCUUCGGCGAGGGCGAGCUGCUGUUCGUGGACGCCGCCGCCGUCCGCCACAACGAGGCGCUGCGCGUGGGCGUGGCGGCGGGCGCCCUGCUCACCUGCCUGGCGGCGGUCCUGGCGCUGAUGGGGGCGUGCCUCUGGCUCCUCCCCCGGGUCGACCUCCCCGCGCGGUCCAAGCUCGGCGAGGAGGAGGCGGGGCGGAGGAGAGGGGGAGGCGGGCGGGGGGCGAGGGGGGAAGGGGGAGGAGGGGCUGGCCCGCGGACGGCUGUCACCCGGGCCCCGGGGCCGCAGGAGGGGAAGGUGCCCGUCACGCUGUCCAAGGUGGAGAUCGUCCAGCCCUCCCCUGACAACCACCCGCCCAUCCCAUAAUAGCAUCCAACGUCCCAGCAGUGUGGCCGGUCGUCACGGAGAUGCUGGGGCGGACAGGCUAUUUGUGUUCCCCCGUCGAGGACUCAAACUAAGCUUGUCGUUUGUGAAACAAGUCACAUGGUUGUGGUUGUCGAGCCGCCGGGUGUUUUACUGUACGUGACGUGAAACUGUCUGGUGUUCCCAACCGGAUUCAGAUAAUGUGAGCCCAAGGCCUGUGCUGCUGUAUGCAUAGUUAACAUGUGUGGUUUUCUGUCUUUGAAUUAAAGCAAUCAAGGAGA